AGGGAGGGGUACGUGUGUAAAUGUGUCGGAGGGAGGGGGGGAGUUAUAUAGUCUCCCAUUGGGUGAGCGUCCAGACAGGCGUACUAGACAGAUUACUACCGCUGCCGAAUACAGAAAGCAGUCUGAGGGCGCAGCAGCAGCAGCUUGCCCCUACCUGUCCUCCAUUUGUGGUUUAAGGUGGAGGUAGAGGUGAAGGCGGCUGGUAUUGUGGUCUUUUUGUGUGCUUUUCUUUGCUCCAAUGGAGGCGGCCGUGCUGAACCCCGCGAUCAUGACGGAGGUGGACUGCAACAGCAACACCCUGAACGCCGAGCUUGAGGUGAAGAAGCUGCAGGAGCUGGUGCGCAAACUGGAGCGGCAGAACGAGCAGCUGCGCACCCGAGCCGGCGCCGGCGGAUACUGCCUCCCCAGCCCGCUGCCCACCCUGCUGUGCCACUCGUCCUUGGGCUCGUUCUCUGCCCCCGAGGAGCCUUUCGACUAUUUCCACCCGCACAGCGGCAGGGAUGGAGCGGCUGCUGCUGCGAGGGAGGAGGACGACGACGAGGAGGAGGAUGCAUCCGAGCCGUCGGUUCUGGACGAGCUGGAGCUUCUGGAUUUGAAUUCCCUGAGCUGCUCAGAGGAGUCUGAUGAAACCUGGUUAUAUGUGUCAUCAAAGGACAGCAGGUCGGAGACCACGAGCGACGCCCUCACACCGCUGCAGUGGUGCCGGCAGGCUCUGGAUAGCCCCAAAUCGGAGGUGGAGGCCGCCAGAAGGUCGUUGUCCCUCCGGCUAGAGCAAGUCUCCAGGUGGCGUAGCUCCCUGUCCAGCCCCUCUCCUUCCUCCUCUCCCGGUCCUCCUCUGAGUCGAGUCGCCGGAGUGUCUCCCAUCAGUGCUUCCCCUCCAACCAAGCCCUGCUCCACUCCUCAGCCGUCUGAAAGACAUGUUCCUUCCCUCUCCUCCCCGCUCCACCCUGUCCUCCAUCGGACUCUCAGUCCCAUCGGGAAGGAGCUCUCCCCUGUAGCUGAGAGGACUCCCACCUUCCUCCCUCACCCGCUCACCCGAAGUCGCAGCCUGCGGCGCUCCACCCUCAGCCCGCAAUCGUCCAUGGACAGCGACCUGGGAGCAUCUGAGGCAGAGGAUGACUCCAUUGCUCUGGGAUACAAGCUGCAGGACCUCACUGAUGUCCAGGUUAUGGCCCGGCUGCAGGAGGAGAGUCUAAGGCAGGACCUCGCCAGCACCUCAUCCGUCCUGGCCAACCGCCGCAGCCAGAGCUUGACCUUCCAGCUCAGCCAGCUCAGCGCCGGUCCCGACCUGGAGGAGGAAGACGAGGAGGACGACGAAGACUACGGUCUCCUGCCACCGCCACAGCCACGCCUCACCCGCCUGCCCCACUCCCACACUUUCUCCAGCAUCCGAGACUGGCGAAGAAGCACCAGUUCCCUGUGCACCCCUCCUUCCACCCCCUCCACCCCCCCGUACCCUUCCGCUGGGUUCGCCGUUCAACCUGCGCUCCAAGCCCAGUCUCAGGGUCUUGGGCUGGGGCUGGGGCUGGGAGUGGGCAGCACCUGCGCAGCCGAGCAGCAGUGCUUCAGACCAGGAUCAGCCGAAUAUGAGAAUAAGCUGCGGAGGAGCAUGCCUAACCUUGUCAGAGCUCCCAGCAUGCCCAGUGUGCCCAUACCAGCCAAUCCCAGUGCUUCCCCUUCUUUGCUUCGUAACAGCCAGAGCUUUGAUUCGUCCAGCGGACUGGCUCGACUGCAGUCCUCCAUCCCCUCUCCAGGCCAACUCCAAAACAGAGUCCAGAGUGUCGGGAACUUCACCUCAUUGUCACGGCCACCUCUGAAGGCCACCGCCUACGUCAGUCCCACUAUCAAGGGCUCCGCCUCCUUGUCCACCUCCAUCAGUCUCCAGUCUCUUAAUCUGAACAGCAGUGGGGGUGGUGGGGCCAACAGCGGGAUCCCUUUGCUUAGUAAACCUGCAGGGACACCCACCACCUCAAACACUGCACGCAGCAGCCUGCCCCGCCCUGCCUCCUUUGUUGGUACCACAAGCUCCACCCCCCGCAGCAAGGUGGCCCAACCAGCACGAAGUUUACUGACUCCUCCAAAGAGCUUGUCCACCUUCAGUGCCCUCCGCGACAGCACCUGGCGAGACGGCUGCUACUGAUGGACGUGGCGUUUGCAGCGGCGCAGUAGUGGCAGCGACACCCCGCUGGUUGGGGCGACUCGCUGCACUUCAGCUUCAAGUUUUGUUUUGUUUUUUUUUCCCGUGGAGAUGCUGAAAGGUUUCUGACCAAAAAAAGUGACUGUUGAUGACCUUAAAUCUGAGAUCCUGCAUAGAACGGUCGGCCGAGGGUCUUUGUGAACCGAUCUCUCAGAGUCUAUGCAGAAUUUCUUCGGGGAAGUCGGGUUUUCUUAAUCUGCGUUUGCACGUCAGCCCUUGAAUUCACUGACUGCUUCACAAUCGACGAGUGUGGUCUGUGCCAAGGGGGCGCUGUUCCCUGCUGCUCUUGUGCAAUAAACCGCUGGCUGAUGGGUACCAGUAAUACUAACCCGCGGAAGAGGGCUGCCAGUUUGUUUGUUUUUUUUAUGAGCCUCGUGAUGCUGUGUGUGUUUGUUUAUAUCACAUUUAUUUUGAAUAAAUAAAUAAUUUUGACUAAUCAGGAGAUUUUUCCCUGUGGCAACGAGCGCCCACGAUGCUGCUAAAGUUUAAUCAGUCCCUGUGCAUUUGGGUACAAUUACUCCAGUUUUUACAAUAAACGUAAUAAAUGACGUAUUCGUGUACAAAUCUAACUAUUAAGUGUGCAUACAUAUAUAUUAAUUGAUCCGAUAUUUGAUUUUAAAUGUGACUCUUGACCAAAAUAUCUGAAUGUUUACACGAGUUUUGUGCAUAUUAACACUUUAAAACUGUCUGACCGAUGAGGGGAAACGGUUCUUGUUGCACUUUUGUAUAAAAUCUCUCAACUUUGUUUUUGUUUUUUUUUGUUCUGUUUACUAACAUUUGCACUUUUUUUUUUUUUUUUUAAUAUAUCUGUAUUUGAUUUUAUGGAUUUAAAGUGAGUAAACGGCUGUUAGUAAAACACUCUGGGGAUGUUUCACAGUUAACACGCAGCCUAAUGUAGCACCGUCUGUUUGUAAUAUUUGACCACGGCACAUUUCACAAAACCCUGACUCUUUUGUUACUGUGAUAGAUCGAAUGAGUGAGCAUUUUAAUAAAAUAUUCUA